AGAGAGAGAGAGAGAGAGAGAGAGAGAGAGACCGCCUGAGAGAAUGUGUGCGUGGGAGUCAGGGCGACUGAGCGAUAGAGGAAAGGCGAGCUCGAAUUGGACAGGGGACAUGCGUGUGGUAAAAGCCAUCCACGUACACGAACGCCACAUCACUAGGUAGGGUGCUUGGCCCGCCCGCCCUUGCCCGCCCUUGAGUAGCAGGAGCAAGCGACGAGAGUGAGGACCGGGGCCAGGCAACAAGGGGCGACUGCCGGCCACCACGACUGACAGCCAGGCCAACCCGACGACGGACGCGGGAGAUUAGGAAGGGUGAUGAAAGGCCUUAGAUGCCCCCGAGCAGACGUGGUCUUGGCUUCGGGACGGCAACGUCAGGCCCGUGGCAGACGGGGACAGCAAGGGGCCUGGUCGACAGGUUGAACGGGCCCGGGAAAUGACCCGACGCAUAUUCUGUCACUUUUCACCUCUCAUUUUUCUUUUCUGUCCGCUGCCAGACCGUCUGUUAUUCUCCUUGGGCUGGCCGAUCCAGCGUUUCCGGGCGAUGCGUACUGGUGCGCUGCAAUUGGGUAGUCCGCUCCAAAAGGCCGACGCUCUCCAGCCCAAGGAUGCCGACCUGGCCAGCUAGACCAAGCCGGAAAGGUCACCAUCUCCCACGCCUGCCCACCGUUACCUGCCCUGAAAUGACGACCAUGUGGUGCGACCCCUGAAAAGGAGAGAAAAGAAAGCGAGGAAGAGAGCAGAGAAACGCAACGAAAGUUGGGGGCAUGGCGAGAGGAACGGCAAACCACAGGGCCACAUCGAAUGAGGAGGGCACAUGCCAGCCAGGUGGAUUGACACACCACCACCAUCCAUCGUCUGGCUCCCACCCGCCUCCCACCUGCCUCCCACCUGCCUUUCAGUUUCGCUUUUCUCUUCCCUCUCUGGCCGGCUGCUUCGUUUCUUUUUCCGUUUCUGGCAUUCCCAGCCAGCUCUGGUGCUUUCGCGCUGCGCUGCACCCACCCCAACCGGAGCGAUCCCCGGGGCCAAUGCCUGUUGCGCCCCUCUCCCUCGCGUCUUCAAGUCGACGACUGAAUCACUGCUGUCCCGUUCUCAUUCCCCCGCGUCCCGCCAUCAUUGACAGGUCAACACAGCCACCCACCAACCAUGUCUCCUGGUCUGCUGCCUCUUGAUGCAACUGGCAGGGACGAUUCAGGGGCAUUCCCUGUUAACGCUUUUCGCAGUGGAGUUAGGGCGUCACCCCUUCCCGGCUCUCCAUUUCGAUCUCGGGUGCUCGGGUUGACAGGCCAGGGGCCGCAGGAUGUGGUUCCUCAGCACAUGAGCCAGAGAGAUCUUGGAGGGUAACCAAAAUUGGCCGCACCCAGCUGGGCUUGUCCUGGAUGACUCGAACCCGGCCCCCAGGCCCUUUGAAUGUCUGUCAUGCCUUCUCUCGCCCAUCCAUCCGCUACCAUCUUCAAGUGUCCGUAGGCAAAUGGCGAGAUCCGUCCGUCUCCAAGGUCGACGACGUGAGACCUGCGCCAUAUUUGUGAGGCGCCUUUGCGCGUGUCGCAAUAAGUUUGCAGGUAACCGGGCGAGGUGACAGCGGCUGGUGGCGAGCCGGCCGUCACCGUAUCGGAGAGGACGAAAACGAGCACCUCGACGGUGUCCUGACAGGCCUUUGGGCAAGCAAUCCAAUCCAGAAAAGGUCCAGGCUAUUAGGCGUUGGAGCAUGCAGAGGCAGGGAUCUAGCGAUCGGCGCUGGCUCCAGCGCUGCACCAUCGAAGGAUACCUAGAACAGUAUGGCCCCUCUCGUCUGCCGGCGACUAGCCUUCUGGAGGUUCUUCGCUCCGGAAGGACCCAUAUACAAGCCUGGAAAGUGCAGGAGCGCUGUCGCAAAGAAUGGGUGCCAGGGGAGCUGCGUAUUCGAUGCCCUUGGCUUGACUGCUGGUUUUGGGGGGAUGUGCACACGCCGGACCAGCACAGGAGAAGAAGAAAAAACCGAAGAAAAGGGGCUUUCUGUGUGGCAGGGCGUGUGAAGUACAAACCAGGGGAAAUUAAUGAAAGAAGGCAAGCCAGCGCAUCCAAGCAUGCCGCACUUGUCGGUUUUUGUCCAACACAAGCCCGGCCUGCCCUAUGGCAGCUGUUUGCCUGCCACCAGGCCACUCUGUGCGGCUACCCGCACAUCUUAUCGAACUUGAAAAGGGAGAAAAAUCCAUUGGACAGGUGACGCUGGCCUUUUCUCAUCCCUGGCCCCAUCUCGAGCGCCUUCUAGGGCUGCCACGACCGAGCCGGAUCGAAACGCGGAACCGAACAGAGGGGUGAGAUGAUGAAUGAACAAGAAAAGAAAAUCUCAAAAAAGAAUCCGGGAAUCAUGAUCCAAGGAUCGAACGACCGGAGGACGUAAGGAAAGCAACACACCCCGAGGGAUUGGAAGCAACAAGACCUGUGCUGUGGUGCACAUUGAGCUCAGCGGGGGCGGUGCAUUCGGCGGCUUCGAGAUACGGGGAAAUGGGGGGGGCGACGCCCCUUGUUGUCUUUUUGCUCCUCGCAUCGCAUUCGCAUGGUCGCUCUGCAGCCAGCUGUCGUCGGCCAGAGUACCCUUCCUGCACCACCUAUUGUUGGACGGCGGCUGGUAUUGGUGCCGGCUUCGGCAACAGGCCCGAGGUCCAACCAAAAACCCCCGACUGUCUGGAGACCGCCCUUGUGUCUUUUUUUUUCGCUUUCCAUAUUUCCCCCCUUUCCCCUUGGUGUCGACACCUUUUGGACAGAUAAAGGUGUGCUUGCCGGCUAGCUCCGUCUGACCUGCAAUCGCUUGCGGAAUAAACCGACACGACAGAGCACUUCCGCGGAAGGCGUCCAGGCUCCCGAACGAAACGAUAUAGGCUAGCCACAAAGGGGAGAAGCAGAAAAGACGGCAGUCUGCCGGCGGAAGACAGUGGCGGGAACAUUAUGGUCCAAGUGGAGGGUCGAGGCGAAACGCGCUUACAUGGAAUCCGACACGAGCAGUCCUGCUGGACUCGAAAAAGGUGGCCCCUUCAACCCCAGCACAUCCGACUAUUUCGGCACCACAUUCCACGGCGUCGGCGAAAUCGGGGUUGACCAGCAGUACAUCCCCGGGGAUGACGCUGUCUCCGGGGGUGACUUCUCGCUGGAUCACCACCAUCCACAACAAUCCUCCACGGCGAUAGCCCUUUUUCCGUAUCCCGAGCCUUCCGGACCCGACGCCGUCGCGGCAUCGACGGCGGUGAUGCAUGCCCCGCCCGUACCGGAUUGGCAAGGAGGGCUGUCGCUGUACGACACGGUGUUAUUCUCGCCGUCAAUCGAGCACGUCGGGCAACAACCGAAACUGUACUCUCAACCCAACUACUAUGGGGCCUGGGCUUCUGGAGCCCAGCCCAUGGUGGGAUUGGGUUUGAUUUCGCCACACAGUGUCGAGGAGCAGUCGCAGCAACCGCAGCCGCAGCCGCAGCCGCAACUGCAAGCCCAGCACGAUGCCUGGGGGCAGAUGAUGACACCGCCCGAGGACAGCUUCCCCGUGGCCCAUGAAGGGGGCCGACCCCAGAUGCCCGGGUCGCUUCACUUUGUCCCAGGGUUCGCACAGCUCCCGGCUAGCAACGGGAUCUCAAGCGGGGGUCCAAAUAUGUCUGUGGGGGGCGGGGGAGCGUCUGCCGAGAUGGUUGGCUUCCAGUAUUCUUCGGCUGGCGUGGGCGACCAGCUCUCUCCGGUGACGCCGAUUGAUUUCGUCGACAGCCCAUCGACCCUUGUCCCCUCUCCGCAGCCCGGCACACCUGGUCGACGACAGCGGCGACUAUCCAUCUCGGCGUCGUCGCCAGCGUCACUUUCCACAGUGUCAGCGCCGACAAGAGCAGGAAGAGCCUCAUCCACGUCACCACAUGAAGACUCUAUUCGUCCGAAGCUGCCCAAGAAGUUGAUUCGCGGCUCUGCAUCCCAUCCUCGAGGGUUUAGCAGUGGCGUCGGCCGCGAAAGCAACAACAACGGCGGCAAAAGACCGGCAUCGACCGACGACGACAAGCAAGGCAGUGGGGCCGCCAGAGCCACCGCAGCCGGCAAGAGCCCGUCCAGGGCCAGGGGCAGUAACCGCGAGGCGGCGAAGAAGUGCCGGGAGAAGACCAGGCUGAACGAGCAGCAUCUAGAGGAGCGUGAACGUAUAGUGAAGACGCGCAACGAUCGCCUGAAGCGCGAGCUGGACUUGGUUAAGGAGGAGGUGCAGAUGUGGAGGAGUCAUCUCCUGAUGCACGGCGGUUGCGAGAACUUGAGCAUAAACAACUGGAUCAAGAACCGUGCCGCUGAGAUAUCCGAGAAAAUGCUGUCGCCGACGUCAGCGAGCCAAGCAUUGAGCCAAGCCCAAGCGACUGCGCCAAGCAGACUGCAGCCCCUGACGCCCAUGCCCAUAAAUGGGCGGCUCAACUUCCGGCUACAACCGCCGCCGCCGCCCUUGACGCGCCGUCCGGCUCGAUGACAAACGUAUAGGGCCUCCUCUGUCGGAAGCGGCACGCGUGCCGUGGCGCUGAUGAUGGCAGAAGACGAGGCAAACAUCGAUCGAGGGCGUGGCCUUUACCGCCGAUACCGAGGGCAUAAGAUGGGAGAGACAGGUGUACGAAGGAGCGAGAAGAGACGGACGGCGAAGAGAAGGGUGAGAUGGGCAUGCGAAAGAGAAGAAUUGAACGACGGGCGUCCGGUGCCGCCGAUACGAGAGAGAAAAAAAGAAAGAAAGAAAAAAGUUGCCAGCCAGCGCGGCAAAGCGCGAUGGCCAAACGUUAGUUGGGCUGUACCGCUUUGGCCGGCCUUGGGUCAUUGGACAGAAGCUUCAGCGACCGACAUGCACCCGCGGCCAUUGAUUUGCCACUCCCGCACCGGAGAAGGAAGGAGCAGCUCACCGGUGCGGGCCACAACGGAGGGAAGGGGCGGAACAGCAAAGCAACGGGCAGGGAAGGCGCAAAUCGCGGCAGGACAACAAAUGCAACAACAAAUGGGGAUUGGAGGGUUCGGGACAGGAAGUAGCAAUGGGGACGAGGGAGGGGGAGGAAUGGAGUGUCGAGCAAGCAUUUGGGUGCCUCGAGGUAGGGGUGUUAUUUGCACAUCAGGCGUCAGCAGCCCGGUGCGCUGGGCGGACGACUAGAUUGUCAAAGGAGCCAACGGCGUUUAUUAGAGGGUCUGGGUCGUUGGGAAUUGAACCUCUUCUUUCUCUCCUUUCCGCCUUUCUUCCUUCCCUCUCUUUCCCCCCUCCUGUCCUGCCAGCCCUUUUCCUCGAGGAUGACGGGGAGGAACCCCAGAGGAUGAGCGGAGACUCUUGGAGCGGAAUCAAUCGCGACCAAAACUCAAGACUCACACGUGUGUGCAUCGGGAUCAGCUUUGUGUCAAGGGGGGCUUUCUUGGGUCGCUGCUGCUGCCCGACACGCUCGCAGCCUAUGCGACUCACCCCGAGGACUGACGUCGAUGGCCGCCACGCAUCAUGGUCGGGCACA